CUCAGAGUGCAGUUUUUGGCAUCGCAGUAAUGUCAUUUUGCUGCCUUUAUUCACUUUUUAUUAAGUCUGUGCCAAUACAAGCUGCUCACCAAGGCUGUCCUUUUAUGUGAGAAUACGACAGAAGGUGGUUUCCCCCUCCCCAUUUUAUUGCCAUUCGACUGUAAGCCAAUGGAGGGCAUCUGAGAGCUACUCUUUGCUGUUUGACUCAGACGUGAGAGAGAAGCAGGUAGUGCAGAGAUGGCUCUCAGAAAAGGAUCAUCUUCUGUUGCCCUUUCCGCGUGGCCAUCUGAAGUGCAGAUGAACCCAGCUGAUGUCCCUGGCCUGGAGGUAAAGCUGGGAGCGUUGGUUGUUCUUUUCUCCAUCACACUGGUCUGUGGCUUCGCCCCUUUGUGCUUCGUCAGGGGGGCAGGGAGGUGCAAUGUUGACCCAGAAACGUGUCACAAGGUAGUUAGCUUGGUGAGCUGCUUCGCUGGAGGAGUGUUCUUUGCUACUUGCCUUCUGGACUUGGUGCCUGACUACCUAUCUGGGAUCAAUGAAGCAUUUAGUAGCCUGGGUAUCACACUUCAGUUCCCUCUACCCGAGUUUAUCAUAGCCAUGGGCUUCUUCUUGGUCCUGGUGUUGGAGCAGAUAGUCUUGGCCCUCAAAGACCGAUCGGCGGGCCACUCUGAAGAAAGACGUGCACUAUUGGUGGACCCCAGCGUCCAAUCACAUGACAGAGAUGGCCGGAGACACUCCCACCACUCCCAUGGUAGGGAGGAAUUAGGGGGAGAGGAUGCCCACUUUCAUGUGGACUUUAACUCCACCUCAGCCAUCCGGGCCUUCAUUCUAGUAUUUUCCUUAUCUCUGCACUCAGUGUUCGAGGGCCUGGCUGUGGGGUUACAGGAGGACAGUCAAGAGGUGCUGGAGAUCGGUGUGGCUCUAUUCCUCCACAAGAGCAUAAUCUCUUUCAGUCUAGCCCUAAAGCUGGUCCAGGGCAAGCUGCGGCGGGCAGCCGUGGUGGGUUGCCUCCUGCUCUUUGCCCUCAUGUCCCCGCUGGGCAUUGGGCUGGGCAUCGCCCUCACCGAGACCAAGUCGUCCCCGCAGCACCAGCUGGCCAGGUCCACCUUAGAAGGCCUGGCGUCUGGCACCUUCAUGUAUAUCACCUUCAUGGAGAUCCUGCCCCAUGAGCUGAGCUCCCCACAGAACCGCAUCCCCAAGGUGGCCAUGAUGCUCACUGGGUUCGCAGUGGUCACUGGUGUGCUGUUCAUCAAAAUGUAAAUAUUCUGUAGAUCAGUCCUUAGUGUCUUAUUCUAUCAAAAACUGACAACCCUUCUGGGAUAAAAGACACAAAAAUAAUUUCCUAUUUUGCCAUGAGAAUGCAAUUUGGACUGAUAAGCAUUCAGAUUUUAUAUAUGCUAAUCCUGCCAUGCUUUGAAAUUAACAUCAUAUGUCGUUUUCUAUUUUAGAGAAUUUGAAUGUAUCUAUAUGUUUUAUAUAAACAAUGGCAUACUUCACAAACAGCUGUCUGUAUACCGUGAUGAUGUGGUCUAAAUGACCUGAUUAAAAAAUAAAAUAUGAUAAAUUUAUAACUCCUGGUUUGAUAUUAUAGCAAACCUAAUGUUUUGUUAGCUGUGAAAUCUGACUAGCAGUGUCCUGAAUUGUACACAGAACAUUUGUUUGUUCAGUAGUAUGACUGCCUAGCCCCUACAAAAACAUAAGAGCAUGUACAGCUGGCUACUACUUUAAAUGCUUAAAAAGCUAAAUGGAUUGGUUGCUCUUUGUCAGAGCCUUACAUUGCGAUCUAAAUAUAGGCCCUUAUUUUUUUCACUGCCAUGUGGUGAGAAAGCUUUGAAUUAGUCCUCUAUUCUCUUGAAAACUUGAGUUUGAAUAAUUGAAAUGGCUGUUCGUUUUUAUGUUCACUUUUAUAUCAGCACUUGUUUAUCUGUACCUGGUUUACUGAUUAAAAGUAAUCUGAAAUAAUU